AUGAAAUCCUCUCACUGUCAAACCGGACGCCCAUUAUUUAGCACGCACGGCGGGGUGGAGGCUAGCAACCAGGAACCAGCAGAUACAUUAAUCUUAACCAAGAUAUCCAACAUUUAAGCAAGACGCUUGAAAUGGCUUCUAAUAAUGGUUCGGUUGGAAAGUGGGAAGUAGUUAAGAAAGGGAAGAAACCAAACAGCUCAGGAGGAAAAAACCCGGUGGCUGACAAGAAAUCCGGUGGGGGAAGGAAAGCGUUGACGGAAUCGAACCUCCACACGCUUCCUCCCCUGAAGAUGUCAACAAACGUAUUUGACGGUUUUGAGAAGAUGAACAAGAAGCAGAACAAGGAACAGGUGCCGCCACCGGCUGAGCCCCAACACAAGAAGCCUGCGUCAAGCAAGCCCAAGGCGUCAACCCCGGCCCCCACAUCCACUCAGCAUAAAACAGUAGAAGAUGCCUUCAAAGCCUUUGAUGUUGGGGACUUGAAGCACCAGCUGGAGCGCAGUCAGACUCUGUUCCCGGAGAAUCCCUCCGUGUGGGUUAAAGAUCUGGCUGGUUAUCUCAACCACAAACUGACCGCUCCAGACUCAGAGCCCACACUCAGUAGCUAUGCUCACGAUUACCCAUACUGCCUUGCUGGGAAAGAGUUAAAAAAUGUGAUUAAGGGCCUUAUUGGUCGAUGUAGGGACACCCUGCCAGACUUCUUUGACCAUUGUGUUUAUACUAUGCUCAGAGAGCUGGACAAACAUACAGGGGAGUCUCUUCACGGCUACAGAGUUUGUAUUCAGGCCAUCCUACAGGACAAGCCAAGGAUAGCUACACAAAACCUUGUCGAAUAUCUGGAGUUGCUGCGGUCAGUUCAGAACCGUCCAGUGAAGUGUCUGACCAUCAUGUGGGCCCUGGGCCAGGCUGGAUUCCAUGACCUCAGUCAUGGGCUGCGAGUGUGGCUGGGAAUCAUGCUGCCCGUGCUGGGGGUGAAGGCCCUGUCAUCGUACGCCAUAGCCUACCUGGAGAGACUCCUCCUGCUUCAUACGAACCUGACAAAAGGUUUCGGCAUCAUGGGUCCCAAAGAGUUCUUUCCUCUGCUGGACUUUGCCUACAUGCCCAAGAACGCCCUGUCGCCAAGCCUCCAGGAGCAGCUCAGGCGUCUGUACCCUCGGCUGAAGGUCCUGGCGUUCGGAGUCAAGCCUGAGAGCACGCUACACACCUACCUGCCCUCCUUCCUCUCCAGAGCCACGCCUCACUGCCCCAACGACAUGAAGAGAGAGUUGCUGAGCAGCAUGACUGAGUGUUUGUGUGUAGAUGUUCAGAGCCUGGGUGUCUGGCGGCAGCUGUACACUAAACACCUCCCACAGUCCAGCCUCCUGUUGAAGCAUUUACUGAAGUCAUGGAAUGCCCUGCCACAGAAGUUGCGCAAGAAUCUAGAAGAAACCGUCCAGUCAUUCAGAGUGACCAACGAGGAGAUGAUAGAAGUGUCAGACUCCCAGGAGCUUACAGAGUGCAAUACCAUGUGCCAUAGCCUUCAGCUGAAGAUGCGUGGCCGAGGCUUCCCCUGGUCCAGGCUGCUGCUGGUCCUGCUGGUGUUUGCUGCUGGUUUUAUUGCUCAUGAUGUCAGAGUAAAUGGCACAUUCUCAGACUCCACCACGGCCAGGUAUAUGCACAGUUCAGGGGUGAUGGCUGUGUCUCUGCAGGCCUGGAACAAGGUGACCCUGUACACCCAGCAAGGCCUCAGCUCUCUGGAGACCAACACCCCUUACUAUUACUCUGAGUGUGUGCGUGUUCUUGGACCAGUGCUGGAGCAGGGAUGGGACAAGACGAAGGCUGCCGCGGUCCUCCUCAGUGACAACACCCUCCAGCUCAUCACCUGGAUCAGGGAAAACACACCCCUGCUCAUAGAAUGGCUCAGCGCCAACACCCCAGACAGCGUGUUCCAGGUGCUGGAGUACCUGAAGCAGCUCCUGCUGUUUCUCCAUCAGAACUACCUGCUGCCCGCCCUGGCAUACACAUCAAGCCUACUACAACAAGCCUGGACCAGCCUACAGGAUUCUUGCAAUGGAGAGGUGUCUGUAACCUGUCUUCAGGACCACGCGUUGUCCUUCACCAACUCCACCUGGCACCUGCUCCAGGACACGACGUCAGCCCUGAAGACCUGGGCUCAGCAGCUGCUGACCCGGGCAUGAGACAACACACACACACACACACAACUUACACUUAUUCCCACUCGCACCCACACACACACACUGAGACUAUCUUUGCUUGCGUUGGCCCUCUCGGCCCCCCCAUCAACCAUGUCCAGAGGUGCUGGAAGGAGGAAAGCAGACUCUACAAUGGACCCUUCUCAAAAUUGUUUUGUCUCCUGGUUUAUUUCUACUGAUCUGCAUGUUAUUUUCUAACUGUUGUUUUUCUACCUAAACUUUUCUCACUCUGGAUGCAAAGAAGCCCCUCAUGUUUCUAUCUGUUGAUUCCGCUACAACACAGUACAAUCUGAUUUUACAAACGCAAGACGGAUCUUUAUAAAUAUAUACUCUGAUUUAUAAGUGGUUUAUAUGCAUUUCUUUAUGAACAGUUCCCUUUGUGAAACGGUCCAGCUGGGAACAGAAUCAAAACCCAACCCACAAUCCUUUUUUGUGAUCGUACUUUGCCCACAUGAGUGUUGAAGGGCAGGGUUUUUAAGCUACAUCUCAGUGACCAUGGAGACUGGUCCAAUGUGUGUGUGUGUGGGCGUGCAUGUGUCUUGGUGUGUGUUUGCGCACCAAGCUUCCGCUGAACAGUAAGCGAGUGAAAAGCCUUUGUGUCAGGGAUCUGGGCUGUGUGAGAUGUGAAGGUGGGUCACAUCUGCUGGUCUGAUUGGCUCCCUCAGAUGAGAUUUGAAACGUAUAAAUCCACUCUGCAGCAUGUGUAGAGCAGAAGAGUUUUCUACCAGUCCAGCAGUUGGACUGGUAGAAAACCCCUUGAGGUUGAGGGAAUGAGGUCACAUAGUGCAGGCGCAGAGAUGGAGAUUGAGAUGGAAGUUACCUAAUUUAUCUCUCAUGCUCCCGUGAAGUUUUUAAUCUUUUCUUAUCUCAUUUCACUUGUUCUUUCCGUCUCGUAUCUUAUCUUUUUCUUAUCUUUGUGUAAAAUUGUUACCAUUCAACCCCUUGUCUUGUCCUCACCCUUCUCUUGUGAUUUGAAAGCUGAGCACUGUGGAUAACUACUGCUGCCUCCUUCAUGUAUUUAUACUUGAAAGCUGAUGACCUAUUGUGUGCGUGUGUGCAUUGUGCGCGUGUUGGGAGUUGUGGGGUGAUGAAUGCUCUCCGACCUACCUCCUGUAUGCUUUGAAAAAUUAGCGUCCCUUUCCUCUUUCUUGGCUCAUUAGGAGCCGUUAUGACCGUUGUGUCCUGAAACAAUGAUUAAUUUCUUACUUUGUAUAUGUAAAUGAUUUAUAAUAAAGAUUUCAGCACCAAUGAA